CAAGGGGCUGGGCCCCCAGUGUGGCUCCAUGGCCGUGACCCAGGGCUGCCCAGUGCCCCUGCUCCGUGCCACCCCUGCAGGCUCCGCACAAGCUGUUCCCUCCUUACGAACGCCCUUCCUCCUGAGACCCACCCUCCAGCUCCAACACCCAAGCGGUUUUCUGUGCAAAGUCACGGCCAUGUGCCCCCCGCCUGCCCCCGCUGGGCUGUGAGGGCACUUCAGGAUCCCCGUAGCACCCAUUCCUACAGCCCUAGCUCCUGGAGAGCCUGGUAAUACACAGGAACUCAAUACACGCACACUGAGUUAAUUGCCUGAACUGUCCUGGGCAGACAGGCCCCCAGCCUCCGCACCCAGUAGGGACCUUGGGAACCGCUGCUCAGCCCGAAAGGCCCAGAGACUCAGCAUUUAGAGAACAGGUCCCACUCCUGGCAGCCCCAGGACUGUGUAUCUGGACGGGUUGCCUGUGAGGCACUGAGCACCCCAUCACAGGAGGUGUGCAAAUGGAGGCUGGGAGGGGUAAGGGCCCGUAGGCUGCCUUGGCUCUGGGGUGGGUGUAGGGGCACAGAUGUCACCGCAGGGGACAGGCCCAGGGUGAGGGGCCCAGUGGCGGGGAGGGGGCUCCUGCUGCCGUAUGUCGCAGGCCCAGCUGCUUCUGGGGCCACCAGCCCUCUGGCCCCUCGGAGUUCGAUCCCAAAGGGGCACCUCCUCCCUCCCAGCUGGGCCUCCAGGCUUCGGAGCAGACUGCAGCCCAGAUAGACAGGGCUCAUAAACCCGCCACUUGCUGCCCCAGCGGCCUGGCCUGCAGGCUGGGCCCCUCUGCGUGGCCAACCCGCCCCCACGCCCACCCUGUCCCGGGAAGGCCAGUGGCGUCUGCCCAGGGGACCGGGCUCCCACAGCCCCCAAGGGGCACACUGUCACUCUGGCAAGCUUGCUGUUGGGCUCUGGAGCCCUGGCAUUUGAGGCGCUGGCCAUGUAGACGUGGUGCCCGCCCUCGCCCAGGCACAGAGGUGCUGGGUGGACUCAGGUGGUGGUGGGCUUGGGGGGGCUGCGGGGCUCCCGGGUAGGGAGGCUCAGAGCCUGGGGAGCGUGGGGCCCAAGGCCCUGGAGCCCUGGUUCUGGUGGGGAGACAGGGCAGAGGCAGAUGGUGCAGGGGGCAGGCAGUCACCGUGCUGUGUCCCCCAACAAGGCAAGGGCCAAGGAGGCCCCAAGGGCCCAACUGGACGCCCGCCCCCCAGACCGUCCCCCGACCCCUGGCACAGACUGGCCCCCACAUUCCACACACGCCUGUCGCUUUAAGCGCCUGGCUGUCCCUGCAAACUGCUCCUUCCACAUUCUCAGGGUGGUGGGGUGGCGGGAGGGUGGGGUGCCGGCACGCCCUCCCAGGAGGCCCAUAAGGCGCAGGGCAGGCGGCACUGGGAGGGGAGCUGGCCGCCACCCACCGGGCUCAUGGCCCUGCUGCUCCUGGCGCUGCUGGUGCUGCUGACGCUCUGGGGGCUGCUCCGCGCCCGCGCCCACACCCCGGCCCCCCGCUGGCCCCCGGGGCCACGCCCCCUGCCCCUCAUCGGGAACCUGCACUUGCUGCGGGCGGCACAGCAGGACCAGGCGCUGAUGCAGCUCGCCGAACAGUACGGGCCAGUGUUCACCGUGCACCUUGGGCACCAGAAGACGGUGGUGCUGACCGGCUACGAGGCGGUGAAGAAGGCCCUGGUGGGCGCCGGGCAGGAGCUGGCUGGCCGGCCCCCAAUUGCCAUCUUCCAGCUCAUCAAUGGGGGCGGGGGCGUCUUCUUCUCCUCAGGUCCACGCUGGCGGGCCGCCCGCCAGCUCACCGUGCGCGCCCUCCAUGGCCUGGGCGUGGGGAGGGCGCCCGUGGCUGACAAGGUCUUGCAGGAGCUGAGGUGCCUCAUGGCGCAGCUGGACAGCUAUGGAGGCCAGCCCUUCCCGCUGGCCCUGCUCCGCUGGGCUCCCUCCAACAUCACCUUCGCGCUCCUCUUCGGCCAGCGGUUCGACUACCGGGAUCCUGUGUUCGUGUCCUUGCUGGGCCUCGUUGACGAGGUCAUGGUCCUCCUGGGGAAGCCAAGUGUGCAGCUCUUCAACCUCUACCCGCGGCUCGGGGCCCUCCUCCAGCUGCACCGGCCGGUUCUGCGCAAGAUCGAGGAGGUGCGGGCCAUCCUGAGGGCCCUCCUGGAGGCGCGGAGGCGCCGCACACCCCCGCGAGGGCCCGAGCGGAGCUACCUGGACGCCCUGAUCCAGCAGGGCCAGGGGAAAGACCCCGAGGGCCUGUUUACUGAGGCCAACGUGGUGGCCUGUGUCCUGGACAUGGUCAUGGCCGGAACGGAGACCACCGCCGCCACGCUGCAGUGGGCCGCCCUUCUGAUGGGCAAGCACCCGCGCGUGCAGAGCCUUGUACAGCAGGAGCUGGACCGCGUGCUGGGGCCCGCGCAGCUCCCGCGGCCCGAGGACGUGCGCGCCCUACCUUACACCAACGCCGUGCUCCACGAAGUGCAGCGCUUCAUCACGCUGCUGCCCCACGCGCCGCGGUGCACGGUCGCUGACACCCAGCUGGGCCCCUACCUGCUCCCCAAGGGCACACCCGUGCUGGCCCUGCUGAACUCCGUGCUCCUGGACGAGACGCAGUGGGAGACGCCCCGCCAGUUCAACCCCGGCCACUUCCUGGACGCCAACGGGCGCUUCGUCAAGCGGCCGGCCUUCCUGCCUUUCUCCGCAGGCCGCCGUGUCUGCGUGGGGGAGAGCCUGGCCAGGUCGGAGCUGUUCCUGCUGUUUGCGGGCCUCCUGCAGAGGUACCGCCUUCUGCCCCCGCCGGGCCUCAGCGCCGCCGCCCUGGACACCACACCCGCCCCCGCCUUCACCGCGCGGCCGUCCGCCCAGUUGCUGUGCGCCGUGCCCAGGCUGCAGGGGCGCUGACUGCGAGGCCUGGCUGACCGAGGGCCCCAGGGUUGGGGAGGGGGGAAGCUGAGUUGCUCUGGGCUUGUGGGUGAUGGAGACAGGAUGGUCGGAGAGACACACAUGCAGCCGCUCACCGAGCUCUCUGCUGCGGCCACCACGGGCUGUGUGUCCCAGGUCAGGGAGACUGAUCUGGGCACCAUGGGGGGUGGGGUGCCCCCAAACCGGAGGGCCCCUCCCAGCCUGGCCCUCCUCUCCCCCUCCCAGGCCCCACAGCCCAGGGCAGAGCUGGGUGUUGUCCCCGCUCCACCCCCAGCCCCUGGAGUGUUGCUGCUGCCUCUGUCUACACCGGGGCCCCUGCCCAUCCUCCGGGGUCCCCGCAGCAGGUGCCGCACCCCCACAUACCCACAGGCACCUCAGGCGUCCAGGUCAGGUGUGACCUGAGCCCCAGGUGACCCUGGCCACUCAGUUCUGACCACACAGUUCCCAGGCUUCUGCUCGAACACCAGUUCGGGGCUGGUACAACUGCCCACUGGACCGCGCUGGGAGGAGG